UCAUAUUUAGGUUGGUACCAUAUUGAUUGAUAUUAUGGCAUUUUUCGGCCGGCACGUGUGACGGGUAUCGUAACGGCGAAUACGAGCAAUUUCGAUCGUGUAGGUUUGCUGCAUGUACAGGAGAAAUCACCUGGAGUUUUUGUAUGGUUAUGACGUGCUCUGCCCCUCAGUCAUUCGGCGGGAGAUGAGGCACGCGAUCAACUUCGCCACCCCAUGGAGAGAGCUCGCCUUUUCGCGGUCGUGUUUCGCAUCUAUCGUCGUUCUUUUAGCGCGCUUUUAAUUCCCUUCAUCCUCUUUUCUCCUUCUACGCGAGAUGGUAAUCGAGCGCAACGCGGCGUUCGAUUUUACGAUCGCAUUCGCCCCGAUUCUUUUAAUUCUCGCUACGUGCUUGACGAUCUUCUACAGGCUGAGAGCGAGAUGGCCUGUGAAGGUGAACUGCUGGUUUUGCAAUGAGAACACGAAAAUCUGGCGGCAGGACCUGGACUGGUGGUUGUGCUCUUGGUGCGAACAGUACAACGGCUUUUCCAAGGAUGGCGACUAUAAGUACGAUAUUCCAGAGCAGUACACAGCGGCGAAAGUACGUACGAGAUAUUGUCGCCUGUCUGAUGGAGGUGACAACUGCCAUGUCCUUGAUGAUAAACUCUGUUCGUACUGCAAUGAGCGGGAGAGUCAGAAGCUGCUGGAGCUGUCCAACUUUGAGCCUAAGAGUGAGAAGCUCUUUCAUACAGAGUUGAAGGCAUUCAAGGAGUAUCUGGAAAUAAAGUAUCCACUGUGCGACAGCUGCAAAUCAACAGUGCAAGAUGUGUUGCGCAGGCAGACAGCAUGGUUAACUCGUUACAAAAUGCUCUUCUUUCGGCGGAAACCAAUAAAAACGCUUAUCAGCAAAGCAAGACGGUGGGAAACACUUUUUCGACUUAUCUCGACAAUCCUGGUCGCGAUGCUCAUGCACGACUUUGUUUGGCUGCCAAUUGGUGGACUGUUCUUUCGUUUAUGCAUUUGUUGGGCGAGCUUCAAGACAAGGUUAAACAAAAUUAUCAAAAUAUGGAUAUCUUUAUUGUUUUGCAUCACUAUUUCCGUGUCCAUCAAGAGUUUGACGACUCAAAAUGUUUGGCUUGCAAUGGAACUUUUUAUGCAGUACCGCGUGGUAGUGGUAUGCGUAUUUGUCAUCGAUUUGUUUAUUUAUUUGAUGAGACUAGAUUCCAGUAUAACUAAAAAUACAUUGAAUGGUUCAGUGGCAUUUAAGAAAAUCAAGUUGCGCUCACGAGAUACCGUUUUGCCUCGACUCGCGUAUACCAGUGAAAACAAUAACGUACCAAGCGAAGUGAACGACAGUAUUAAACCAUCCGUUUAUACGGCGGGUGAAUUAUCUUCCACUGAAAUCAAAUUCAGCAAAUCCCAUUCAGCAAUAUUGAGACAAAGACUGUCUACGAUUACUGCCAACGAUGGCAUCAAUGGAUGCCUAAGCUCUGUAUCUCGGCGCGAAAACGAUUCACUAGAUAAUUGCUGUUUGAACGACAGCCUGAGUACUCUUCUCUUGAGCGAAGAUCCACCGAAAUAUAGCAGAAGCGUGAAAGUGGCGCCUGCGAUUUUCGAACGAAGAGUGUACAGUGCGACGAGUUCCGAGAAUCUGUUCAGGAAAUCUAGCAGCAUCUAUAGCAGCGGCAAGAGGAGGUGCAUCCUGUCACCGCCAAAGCUCAGAUCGGUGACGCAGACGUCGUGGGUGGCGGGCGGUUACUGGCAGGACGGUAUGAUGACCGCGACGCCGCCGACGCUCUCGCGAUCGUCCAGUCAGAGCUCUGGCUUUGGAUCGGUCGGCUCCUCCAAUCUCGCGCCAUCCCGCGAGCCGUCCGUGCACGAGUUUGACCGAUGCUCUGUUGUGUCGGAAGCUACGCGAUGGUCAUGCCAAACGCCGCGGCCGGGGGGUCUCGUCUCCAGGCAUGACUCGCCGGUCCCGCGUCCGCAAUCGCGGUACUCCGACGCGACGGGAGGCCAUUUGUCAGCGGCACCGUCGCCAUCACCAUCGCCGACGAUCCGCGCGGCGUGCAACACGGACGAUUAUGUCCAGGAGAACUACGCUCGCGGACCGAACGUCGGGGAACGGAACGGUUGGGUGCCGUUGAUGCAUGCCGGUUCCCACACGACUACGGUCGUCACGAGCCCCGGCUGGCUGUCUGCGAUGCUCUGCGGUUCGCUGAUACUAAACAUGAUAGUGCUGUGCGCUACGUUGUUACGUUAACGUCUCGACGACCAGGUUCGCCGUGCGCUGGGUUAUUGUGUGUUCACGCGGUAAUUUUUAUCAAUCGUCACGAUUAUUUAUGUGAUUGCUAGUAUUAAGUGAACUUCGAGUACUCGGCGAGUUUGGUCGCUGCGAUCAAUUCGGUCACUUUUCUUUUCUCUUCUCUUGUAUGCGAUUUUCUACUGCCGGUUUCUUAAGUUCUAACGAUUUAACGUGAACUUACAGUUAAUAUUUACGAGUAAACCUCACGGACGCCGGGCGGUCAGACACCGAUUUUUUUUCAAUUUUUUACAGUUUCUUAUGUCAAAGUAUGAAAAAAUCGCAUUAAUUUGAGCUCAAAUUAAUUUUUUCAAUUUAAAAAAAGCUUUUAUCUUACGCAAAUACACGUGAGGACGAUACGAUCAUAUUCCGAAAUAUAAAAGUGGAAUCGAAAAUCUAGUAGCGCGUAACACAAAGUUUAAUGAUUGCAUUAGCAAUCCUGCAAAAAUUUUUGUAACGGACAAACACGUCCAAACUCAUAUAUGGUUCUAAACCACCCCAAACGGACUCUUAAAGUUUUCUACAAGUGGAACUAUUUCUUAAUUAUUCUUGUAGUGUUUUAUGUGUUGAAUUUCAAAAAAUUAGAUUUAGAUUCAUUCUCAUUGGAAAUAAUGCUUUAAACAUGUGUAAAAUCGGGUAUUUGCGUAAAAUAAAAAAAAAUAAAGUUAAAAUCGAUGAGGGAUUUCUUCCUAUUUUGACAUGACAACUAUAAAAGAUUUUGAGAAAAAUUGGUGCUUGACGUUCUCCCAGAUUUACUUGUUAGGGGUGAUAGAAUUACUGCCAAAUAAGGGACGAGCACCGUAUUCCAUUUUACUGCUGGGAAAAUAGUAAAUACAACAUUACACUGCCAAUAUACAUGCUCGAACAUAUCUACCAGUCUCUUCUUCUGCUUUUAUAUUAGACCUAGUAUUUUCUUUUUUUUUUCUAUAAUUAGGAUAUCUGUUCUUAUAGACACGCCGCUUUAUAUCCUUAAACUCGAAAUUUCUGAAUUGUAUGUAUUACCUUCUGUAUUUAUGUAAAUAUUUAUCUGCUCGUUUUCUUUCAUAUUACCUUUUUUUCCGGCAAGCCUGUUUGCCAUUUUUGAGAAAUAGCGUCUCGAAUCUUAAUUGCCCGACGUAGGGCUGGCCUCUACGAGGGGGCAAUUCUCGCUCAAUUUCGCGAAUGCGUAAACGUAUCUCCUUGCGCAUUUCGAAUACAAUACAAUCUUUCGGAUUUCGAAUCACGACAGUUUAAAAUGCGAACGCCGAGGACAAUUUGCGUGUCUCAUCUUUUGGAAGUAAUUUUGCUUGAGAGAAAACAAUAGCGUUUGAAGUGUUUCAUAAUGUAUCAGUUUUUGUUUAUAUCAAUGCACAUCAAAUGGAGCACUUUAUGUAAUGCUUUUUUUCCCUUACUUAAAAUUAUUCCGCAUAAAAGAAAGGGGCGCGCGAAUGCCUUUUUACACAUACUGUAAUUAAUACGAAAACUUCAGCCUCAGUGAGAAAUACGUAUGUAACUUUAGAAAUAAGCCAAGUAUAUUUGUUUAUGCAUUGUGCCCUGAAUAUUUUCUGUUUUCAUUUCAUUAUUUAUCAAUAACAAGAUCGAUUGUACAUACUUGCCGAGAACUUUCUUAAAAAAAAAAGAAAAAAAGAUGCGCCCUGCGACAGGUACACUAUACGUGAAGCCUUCUUAGCCUGUGGACUAGGAAAAACUUGUUGUAAUAAAUCAUGUUGCUUAUUGUAUUCCGAUUAUUGUAUGUUUUGAUAUCUAUAAUAUUGUAUAAUUCUACUGACAAGAAUAAAAUGUGAACUUUUUACAAUACGAUCUAUAGAUUGUCACUUUUAAUUUAUUCCUUUUCAUCGUCCUGUUUAUAGGAUAGUAUCUUUUCAUCUUUUUUUCUUCAUGUUCUUAAUAUUUUUUUUAAACUUUUUAUAAAGUCUUUUUAAAAAUAAAAAAAGUCGGUAACAUUCCGCGGAAAGGAAGAGAAAAUCCGUUGACAAAAUGCAGAAGAGAAAACAAGUAAUUUCGUACAAAUUGACUAAGGUGCAUUAAAACUUUCUUUGCGAUUGUAAAUACAAUGAUUUUAAAAGUAACAUAAAUAAAUUCGUAAAAAGUUCGGAAUCCUUUCAGCCUCGAAGGCUGGGACAGGGCGAUCAAUACAGAAUCUUACGCACGCACGAUGAGAUGUGUGUAUGUAUAAUAUAUUUUUUUUUAUUAUUACCUUAUAAAUAUAUUUCUUUCGGAGAUUACUUCGCCGGGACAAUAUGCGGUGCGACAAUAAAUAAAUAAGUGAAUACAGACGUGUGAUUUUCCUUGUUCUUUCUUCAAUAUAAGCAUUGUCUCGUUUCGAUAAUUGAAUAAUGAUAAUAGUAUAACGAUAUCACCUUAAAAUUACAGUUUUAAUCCGAGAAGAAUAUUGUAUUACAAUUUAUAUAGUACCUUGUAGCUACAGCCUCUCUUCUACACCCUGCAUACAAAUUUACUACCACCUAAUGUCUAGAAAAAAAAUUGUUUAGAAUUGCAGCUAUGCGUUUCUUUUUUUCACGGUUUUCUUUUUAUCUCACUUUCGCUACUUUGCUGUUUCAGAUGAGGUAGAU